ACCACUGACUGCUCGAGACCUUCUGCGGUCUAUAUAUUUCUCUUCCUGGUCCUUUUCCUACGACUUCUUCUGUUAUUCGUACAGACUGAUUCAAAAUGACAAUUCGUGCGGCCGCGCGCCGCCUACAGUCGGUCAAAACUGUGCAACCUCUUUUCGCAGCACGCUCUUUCAGUUCAACGUCGCAUGUAUACAGUUUACCUCGAGAUGAGAAAGCGCGAAUUUUGAAAGAAAAUUCACUGCCCACGCCCGAUCCCGGCCCAGAUUCAGCUACAGCCGCCUUCCUUCGAGACCGAACUCCAUACAUGGUACCUACAUAUGUGCGUCCAACACCUGUCUUCGUCAAGGGCCAAGGAGUCUAUCUAUGGGACAUGGAGAAUCGACGAUUCCUCGACCUCACAGCCGGCAUCGCCGUGAAUGCAUUGGGUCAUUGUGACCCCGAAAUCACAAAAGUGAUAUCCGAGCAAUCAGAGACAUUGAUUCAUGCCUCGAAUUUAUAUCAUAACCCCUGGACAGGCGCGUUGAGCAAGUUGCUCAUUGAUGAGACCCUCGCAUCAGGCGCAAUGCGUGAUGCAUCUCAAGUAUUUGUGUGUAAUUCCGGCACAGAAGCGAACGAAGCUGCUAUCAAAUUCGCGCGUAAAGUCGGAAAGACGCUUGAUGCCUCUGGUGAGAAAGUUGAGCUUGUCUCUUUUCAGGGUUCUUUCCAUGGACGGACUAUGGGUGCAUUGUCAGCGACGCCGAAUCCAAAGUAUCAACAACCAUUUGCACCCAUGAUUCCGGGUUUCAAGUACGGCGCCUUCAAUGACGUGGAGCAAUUAGAGACUCUCAUCACGGAAAAGACGUGCGGCGUCAUUGUGGAGCCGAUUCAGGGUGAAGGAGGUGUCAAUGUUGCUACACCGGAGUUUUUGAUCGCUCUACGCGAACGAUGUGAUCAGGUUGGUGCCGUGCUCAUCUUUGACGAGAUUCAGUGCGGUUUAUCUCGUACCGGCACCCUUUGGGCACAUGCGAACCCUGCAUUUGCUCCCAAAGACGGUAGCAAACAACCCGCUCAUCCAGAUAUUCUGACGACCGCCAAAGCCCUCGGAAACGGUAUCCCUAUUGGCGCCACCAUCGUCACCGACAAAGUGUCAUCAGCCAUCAAGACGGGUGAUCACGGCACCACAUUCGGUGGGAACCCACUCGUUUGCCGUGUAGCGCACCACAUCGUCCAGCGAUUAGCCGCACCAGAACUCCGGAACGGCGUAGAAGUCAAAUCAGCACAAUUCGUCGCCGGAUUCAAGCAACUACAAGAGAAAUACCCAGACAUCAUCUCCGAGAUUCGUGGCGCGGGUUUGAUUCUAGGUGUUCAACUUUCGGAAAAGUAUGCUUCCAAGGCUACUGAUGUGUUGACGGCGGCACGACAGCGUGGUCUGCUGGUGAUUACUGCUGGCGAGGGAUGCUUACGAUUUGUGCCGGCGCUGAAUAUUACGGAAGAGCAGAUUGAGGCUGGAUUGAAAGUUUUGCGGGAGAGCUUUGAGGCUGUUUUUGAGUAGAUUGCCAGUGGUUACUGUUGUAUACAAAAGUUCGGUCGAUUAGCGUUGGAUGCACUUAGACGAUGUUGGAUCAACAAUGCAAAUAUUAGAUUUCGGUUG